AUGACGGGUAGGCGCCGGCCGCCUCGGCGUGAGGUGAUCGUGGCGGCGGGAUCUCCUGCUGCGCCCACCCUGCCAGCGGCCCCGGGCGGGCAGGUGCUAGCCCUGUUCCGAGCCGUCGCGGACUGCCUAACUGCGGGUGUUGGCGCCGUGUCCUCUCCGUUGCCGAGCGCGCCUGCUCGACCAAGGGAGCCGGUGUACCGCUCCCCGCGUGGGCGCACUCAUCCGUUUCUCCGUGCGCGCGGCCAUUCGUUCCGUCGUCGUCGCCCCCCUCGCCCGCCCCUGUCCGGCCAGGCUCGUCCUCGACCUCAACUCCACGCGCCUGCCACACGGUCCCAGCCGUUGCAGCUCCCUCCGGCCCGGUCCCAGUCCGCGUCGUCCCGUUCGGAGACGCCGGCUGCGGCGGCGCAGUCUGCGCCGCUAGCCCUUCUGCCGCGGCCUCCCCCUCCAGCGCCGGAGUCGGCGUUGCCUCCACCGAGAUGUCCUUUUGCCCCCGUCCCUCCGCCGCCUCAGCCCGAUUCCGCUCCUCCGGUUGGCGUGCCGGCGCAUCCCCCGACGUCUGCCCCAGGGCCAGGUCCAGCCGCGGCGCCGCCACCCCCUCAACCGUCCGCUCCGCCUCACGCGCCGCCCGCGUCGGGGCCGACUCCUGUUGCGCCGCUUGCGUAUUCGUACCCACCUCGGUUGGAUGUGGCGGAUUUCGCACCUCCUGGCCCACGGGGGCUGCCUCUCCCUGUUCCCGCUCCUCAUGGGCCUCAGCGCCAGCACCCUCUUGUGCCGGGGUCUCGCCCACCUGCGGCUCGGUUCGGAUUUGUGAGUUCCCCGCAUUCUCGUCUCCUCCCCGCUCUUUGCGUGGUGUUCUCCCCUGCCCCUCACUCAUCUGCUGUGUCUUGCGAUUUCCACGUCCCCCGCCAUCUUGCGCCCCCUUCACUCCCGCAGCAUCAGCCCGUGCCUGGCAUCUCCCGCGGCUACUGGAGCGAAGACGAGGUGCCUGGCACCGCUCGUGACCCUGAGGUGGAUUGGGAUGGUGUCUCGUGGCCCCAUGUGCCGCGUGAAGGGAACUGGAACUGGAACGCUCCCCCCCCGAGCCCUCCUUGGGGUGAGCCGCGGCCUGGAGACGGGGCUUACCAGUCCCGUGGGAUGCACCUGGCGGAGGUUGGCCGCUGCGUGACAGAGUUGUCGUUCGUGCUUGACCUCCUGCAUGACGCCCUGCAGUCGCGGGAGGUGGUGGCGCGGGAUCCGCAGAUGAAAGAAAACCAGCAGGGACGGGUGCGGCGUGCAGUGUCGGGUGCGCUGUGGGAUGUCCUGCAUCUGCCGCUUGAGCCUGCAGACCCGUUGCUGGACGAUGGACCUGGCGCUGCGGCUUUCCGCACGGUAGCCAAGGCUGCUGAGGAGUCCCCGCUUGGGAUCGACCUGCCAUAG